AUGUUAUAUUAUCCUUCCUGUUCUCUUAGGAAACAAUCAAGAAAACAAAAUGCUCCGAUUUUACACUUACAUCGCCGCUGUGUAAGGUCAAGAAGCUCCCCCCCACUCAAUUGACACAAAACUCCGGCGUUUAUUCUCUGACGUAUUACUUAUGUUGCGACUGCUGUAGUGGGCCAUUUGUGUUUAAUGUGAGUUGUGUUUAAUAUUAGUGUACUGUACCUAAUUGUGUUUGUACGAGGGGCGAUUGUACGUACGGACGUCAGUGGGGUCAAGUUAUCCUAACCUCUAUUUAAUGAAUUGAUUAGCAUUGGUUCCUGUGUCAUCACAUCCGUCGGCCGUCAUACCUGUGAUCCUUUCGCGAAAUCGAUUGAAUGCUUUAUGUGUUGAUGUUAUUGAUUUCUGCCGUCGCUAUUAUCGUUUAUAAUAAAUUCAACAAGACAAACAAGAAAAAGGAUAUGGAAAACGGCCCUAGUAGUAAUGUGAACUUCAUAGUGGGCAGUGAUGGGGUGGACUCGGAACUUGAAAUGCAAAAUGAAAGAGAUGAGAUUGGUGAUGAAUUUCCUCAAAAUGGAGAACUCACCGCCAACAGUUCAUACAACAACAUCAAUAGUAUAUUUGGCCUUGGGGAGAGAAAAAGAAGGCUCAGAGAAGAGAACGGACCUGGGAAAGAAAGUCAAAGAAGAGAGACGGUUAAGAAUCGAAUAACACUCGUCCACUGGAUAGGAGCAAUCCUGGACUGGUUCUUCGAUUGGGCAAGACAUACCUGGAAGAACAUGAUCCAGAGAAGGAACUCGAAGAGGUUCAUCCUCGGCGAACUGUCGGCAUCCAUCGAAGUGAUCGAACCCGAACCGAGAGAAGUGGAGUUCGACAUACCUCCAUCUCCGCCUCCAUACUCACCUUUCCACCUGGAACCGCCACCGUCUCAGCGGGAGCUUCAAGAAUGGAUGUCGCCAAAGUCGCUGAAAGGGAUGAUGAAGCCGAGCAUGUCCCAAGGGACUGUCAUACACCAAAGACAACUUGAAAAGGAUUUCACCGUAGCUACACCAGAAGAGUUUGUUAGGAGGUUCAAGGGGACCAAGGUUAUCAACAAGGUAUUAAUUGCAAACAAUGGAAUUGCUGCUGUUAAAUGUAUGCGGUCUAUCAGGAGGUGGUCCUAUGAGAUGUUUAAGAAUGAAAGAGCGAUUCGAUUCGUGGUCAUGGUUACCCCGGAAGACUUGAAAGCUAAUGCUGAAUAUAUAAAAAUGGCUGAUCAUUAUGUUCCUGUUCCUGGAGGCACAAAUAAUAAUAAUUAUGCUAAUGUUGAACUUAUUGUCGAUAUUGCUUUGCGAACUCAGGUCCAAGCUGUUUGGGCUGGUUGGGGUCAUGCCUCUGAAAAUCCAAAAUUACCUGAACUUUUGCACAAAAAUAACAUUGCUUUUAUUGGACCUCCUGAAAAGGCCAUGUGGGCUCUCGGAGAUAAGAUUGCCUCCAGUAUCGUAGCUCAAACUGCUGACAUUCCAACUCUCCCUUGGUCUGGUUCAGAGCUUAAAGCCCAUUAUUCUGGAAAGAAAAUAAAAAUCAGCACUGAUCUGUAUAAGAAAGGAUGUGUACAGACUGCUGAAGAAGGUCUUCAGUCAGCUUACCGAAUAGGUUUUCCAGUUAUGAUAAAAGCGUCUGAAGGAGGUGGUGGAAAAGGUAUUCGUAAAGCAGAGACAGCAGAUGAUUUUCCUAAUCUGUUUCGACAAGUACAAGCUGAGGUCCCAGGAUCACCUAUUUUUAUUAUGAAGCUUGCCACGUGUGCCCGACAUCUUGAAGUACAGUUACUUGCUGAUCAAUAUGGCAAUGCAAUAUCUCUUUUUGGAAGAGAUUGUUCCAUUCAAAGAAGACAUCAAAAAAUCAUUGAAGAAGCUCCUGCAGCGAUUGCACAACCUGAAAUUUUUGAAGAUAUGGAAAAGGCUGCUGUUAGAUUGGCAAAGAUGGUUGGUUACGUUAGUGCUGGAACCGUUGAAUAUCUUUAUGAUAUCGAUGGAUACUAUUACUUUUUAGAAUUAAACCCAAGGCUUCAAGUUGAACAUCCAUGUACUGAAAUGGUAUCAGAUGUUAAUUUACCUGCAUCGCAAUUACAGGUUGCUAUGGGUAUUUCAUUGCAUAAUAUUAAGGAUAUUCGAGUUUUGUAUGGAGAAUCACCAUGGGGAGACACAAUGAUUGACUUCGAUCAACCUAGACAUAAGCCUCAAGCAUGGGGACAUGUUAUAGCUGCAAGAAUUACUAGUGAAAACCCUGAUGAAGGUUUCAAACCGAGUUCUGGUACUGUACAAGAAUUGAACUUCCGGUCGUCAAAGAAUGUAUGGGGUUAUUUCAGUGUUGCUGCAUCUGGUGGCUUACAUGAAUUUGCUGAUUCGCAAUUCGGUCAUUGCUUUUCUUGGGGUGAAAACAGAGAGCAAGCUCGAGAAAAUCUAGUCAUAGCUCUUAAAGAGCUGUCAAUUCGAGGAGAUUUUAGGACAACAGUUGAAUAUCUUAUUACACUUUUGGAAACAGACAGUUUUCAAGAGAAUACAAUUGAUACUCAGUGGUUGGAUCUUCUUAUAUCUGAAAGAGUUCAGUCCGAGAAACCGGAUGUAUUGCUUGGGGUAAUUUGUGGAGCACUUCAUAUUGCUGACAGAAAAGUGCUAGAGGCAUUUCAUAGCUUCCAGCAUUCUUUGGAGAGAGGUCAGGUGCUCGGUAGCAAUACUCUUGAGCAUAGUGUCAACGUAGAACUGAUUCAUGAGGGAUUCAAAUAUAAAGUACAAGCAACUAAAUCUGGUCAGAACUCAUAUUUUCUAGUCAUGAAUGGAUCUUUCAAAGAAAUCGAACUUCACAAACUUUCUGAUGGAGGAAUUUUGUUAUCUGUGGAUGGAUCAAGUUUCACUACUUAUAUGAGAGAAGAAGUCGAUAGAUAUCGGAUUGUAAUUGGUAAUCAGACUUGUAUUUUUGAAAAAGAAAAUGAUCCUUCUCUUCUCCGAUCUCCGUCAGCUGGAAAAUUACUCAGUCUGAUAGUUGAAGAUGGUGGUCAUGUUGGAAAGGGUCAAGCUUAUGCCGAAAUUGAGGUAAUGAAAAUGGUUAUGACACUGACCGCUGCUGAGUCAGGAAUAAUAACAUACACGAAAAGGCCAGGUGCGGUCUUAGAUGCAGGAACUUUACUGGGUCACUUAGAGUUGGACGAUCCCUCACUUAUUACUAAGGCCCAGGAUUACAAAGGACAGUUCCCCGAACUAGAUGUGUCCACUCCUACCGUUGGCGAUAAAUUGAACCACAAGCAUGCCCACUACCGCCAAAUGUUGGAUAAUAUUUUGGCAGGUUAUUGUUUACCUGAACCAUACCACCUAAUUCGUCUCCGGGAAGUCAUUGAGAAAUUUAUGAGUUCUUUGAGAGAUCCUUCUCUUCCUCUUCUCGAACUUCAAGAGGUAAUAGCGUCCAUUUCUGGUAGGAUUCCAAUCAGCGUUGAAAAGAAGAUAAGAAAAUUGAUGACACUUUAUGAAAGGAAUAUUACCUCAGUUUUGGCUCAGUUUCCUAGUCAACAAAUUGCAUCUGUAAUAGACAGCCAUGCAGCAACACUGCAAAAGAGAGCAGACAGAGACAAUUUCUUCCUAACAACGCAAGGAGUUGUACAACUUGUCCAGAGGUACAGGAAUGGAAUCAGGGGGCGAAUGAAGUCUGCCGUUCAUGAACUUCUGAGACAAUACUACGAUGUUGAGAGCCAAUUUCAACUUGGUCAUUAUGAUAAAUGUGUAACUGCUAUCAGAGAAAAACAUAAGGAUGACAUGGCUUCUGUUACAGGAACAAUAUUUUCACACAGUCAAGUAGCUAAAAGAAACAUGCUCGUCACAAUGUUAAUUGAUCAUUUGUGGUCAAAUGAGCCUGGUCUUACUGAUGAAUUAGCUUCAACCUUGAAUGAACUUACUUCACUGAACAGGAGUGAACAUUCUAGAGUUGCUUUACGGGCUCGCCAGGUCUUGAUCGCUGCCCAUCAGCCAGCUUAUGAGCUGAGGCACAACCAAAUGGAAAGCAUUUUCUUGUCAGCAGUUGAUAUGUAUGGUCAUGAUUUCCAUCCCGAAAAUUUACAGAAACUUAUUCAGUCUGAAACAUCUAUAUUUGAUAUUUUACACGAUUUCUUCUACCAUACCAACCGUGCUGUUUGCAAUGCGGCUUUAGAGGUGUACGUACGUAGGGUGUACAUAUCCUAUGAAAUGACUUGUCUUCAGCACUUAGAGUUGAGUGGAGAAGUACCAUUAGUUCAUUUCCAAUUUUUGCUUCCUUCAGCCCAUCCAAAUAGACAGAAAAUGUGCACAGUUCUGACAUCAUCUCCUGGAUCGCCAACCAUCGUCCAUAGCCCACAUAGGACAGGAUGUAUGGCAGCAUUUGAUUCAUUUGCUAAAUUUCAAAUUUACUUUGAUGAAAUACUCGAUACUCUGGAUGAAUUUACCACUCCAGCAACUGUUUCUGCCAGGAUACUUGAGUCUGUGGAAGGAACAGAUUCGACUUCUCUUGGCGACAGUACUUCUCUUUCAAUCAGUGCAGGUGAUCAACCUGUGACCAGAACUACGGCAGAUCAGGAAGAAAUCAAGGUUGAACCCAUUCAUAUCCUUUGUAUCGCCAUUAAGGAUAACAGUGACAUGGAAGACGAUAAACUAAGCAGGUUGCUGGGAGACUUCUGUGCUGCUCAUAGGGAAGAAUUAUUUGCCAGAUCAAUAAGAAGAAUUACAUUCCUUGCUCUUAAUAAGCGUCAGUUCCCUAAACUAUUUACAUUCAGGAACUCUGAAAACUUUAUGGAAGAUAGAAUUUAUCGUCAUCUUGAGCCUGGAAUGGCUUUCCAACUUGAACUUAAUAGAAUGAAAAAUUAUGAUCUUGAAGCUCUUCCAACGUCCAAUAGAAAAAUGUACCUCUAUUUAGGAAAAGCUAAGGUUGCCAAGGGCCAAUCUGUGACUGAUUUUAGAUUUUUUAUCAGAUCCAUUAUCAGGCAUUCAGAUCUUAUUACAAAAGAAGCUUCGUUUGAAUACCUCCAGAAUGAGGGUGAAAGAGUCUUACUUGAAGCAAUGGAUGAAUUGGAAGUUGCAUUCUCCCAUCCUCUUGCCAGGCGGACUGAUUGUAAUCAUAUAUUCUUAAACUUUGUACCUACUGUCAUCAUGGAUCCUGCCAAGAUUGAAGAAAGUGUAACAAACAUGGUCUUGAGGUACGGUCCUAGACUCUGGAAAUUGAGAGUCCUUCAGGCUGAAUUGAGAAUGACCAUAAGACCAACUCCUAAUGCUAAAACAAGUAAUAUUCGAUUGUGCCUGGCCAAUGAUUCUGGAUAUUCUCUUGACAUGUGCCUGUACAUGGAAGUACUGGAUCAGAAAACUGGUGUUAUCCGUCUUGAAGCUUUUGGUCCUAAACAAGGACCAAUGCAGGGGCUUCCUGUUUCCACCCCAUAUCUUACAAAGGAUUACCUUCAACAAAAGCGAUUCCAAGCUCAAAGCAGUGGAACAACUUAUGUUUACGAUUUUCCUGAUGUAUUUAGGCAGGUUUGCGAAAAAAUGUGGAAGGAAUAUAUUCAAGAAAGGCCUGAUGAGGGAAUACAAAUGCCAUCACAGUUUACUGAUUGUGUGGAACUUGUUGUGGAAGGAGAUGGUUUAGUCGAAAUGAAAAGACUACCCGGUGAGAACAAUGUUGGAAUGGUUGCUUGGCGUUUGACUUUAUUUACUCCUGAAUAUCCUUCUGGAAGAGAUAUUAUUGUUAUCGCCAAUGAUAUAACAUACCUGAUAGGUUCAUUUGGACCCAAUGAAGAUUACGUUUUUCUCCGUGCCUCUGAGCUUGCACGUCGCCUUAAGAUACCUAGAGUGUAUAUAUCUGUUAACAGUGGUGCACGUAUUGGACUUGCUGAAGAAGUCAAAGGUCUAUUUAAGGUGGCAUGGGAAGAUCUAGAUGCUAUUGAUAAGGGUUUCAAGUAUCUCUAUCUAUCUACAGAGGACUAUAAAAAAAUAUCCCAUCUGAAUUCUGUUAAAGCAAUUUUAAUCGAAGAUGAAGGUGAAGCCCGCUACAAGGUUACUGACAUCAUUGGCAAAGACGAUGGUCUUGGAGUAGAAAAUUUAAGAUAUGCCGGUAUGAUUGCUGGUGAGACAUCUGCUGCUUACGAAGAAGUAAUCACCAUGUCAAUGGUAUCCUGCCGAGCCAUCGGUAUUGGUUCCUACCUUGUUCGUCUUGGUCAAAGAGUCAUCCAGAUAGAAAAUUCUCACAUCAUCCUUACUGGUUACAGUGCCUUAAAUAAAUUAUUAGGAAGAGAGGUGUAUGCUUCCAACAAUCAACUAGGUGGUAUCCAGAUUAUGUACAAUAAUGGUGUAUCUCAUAGGACAGAACCUAGAGAUUUAGAUGGAGUCGCUGCCAUACUCAGGUGGCUAUCCUAUAUGCCCAAGGACAAGUAUUCUCCUCUUCCGAUAAUCAAACCAUCCGAUCCUGUGGAGAGAGAGAUAGCUUACAUGCCUACCAAAGCACCAUAUGAUCCUAGAUGGAUGCUAGGAGGAAGACCUAAUCCUAAUAACCCAGAUGUUUGGGAAAGUGGAUUCUUUGAUCGUGGUUCUUGGGACGAGAUCAUGCAGGCAUGGGCCCAGACUGUGGUUGCUGGACGAGCUCGACUUGGGGGUAUUCCUGUUGGCAUUAUAGCUGUUGAAACUCGCACAGUUGAGGUGCAAUUGCCUGCUGAUCCUGCUAAUCCAGAUUCUGAAGCCAAGACAUUGUCUCAAGCUGGUCAAGUUUGGUUUCCCGAUUCAGCCUAUAAGACGUCCCAAGCAAUUAAAGAUUUUUCACGAGAAGAUCUUCCUCUUUUUAUAUUUGCUAACUGGAGAGGAUUUUCUGGAGGAAUGAAAGACAUGUAUGAACAAGUCGUUAAAUUUGGUGCCUAUAUAGUAGAUGGUUUGAGAGAAUACAAGCAACCUAUUUUGAUUUAUAUUCCUCCAAAUGGAGAGCUGAGGGGAGGAGCUUGGGCCGUGGUUGAUCCGACUAUCAAUCCUAAGCGAAUGGAGAUGUAUGCCGAUCCUGACUCGAGGGGUGGAGUACUUGAACCUGAAGGUCUCGUUGAAAUUAAAUUCAGACUAAAAGAUCUUCUGAAGGCAAUGUCUAGACUAGACCCACAGAUAUUGGAACUGAGAGCGAGUUUGAAUGAAGAUAUCACAGAUGAGGAAAAGGCUGAGAUCGAAGAGAAGAUUAAAUCAAGGGAGAGAUACCUUACGCCUAUGUACCACCAGGUCGCUGUACAUUUUGCCGAACUCCAUGACACACCUGAGAGGAUGUUGGAGAAAGGGUGUAUAAGUGAAAUAGUACCUUGGCGAAAGAGCAGAAGUAUCUUGUACUGGAGGUUAAGGCGUCUUCUUUUGCAAGAUAGGAUAAAGAGGAAAAUGACGGAAAUGGUUCCUUCUCUCGAUGACGGCCAAGCAGAAGCUAUGAUAAGGCGAUGGUUCAUUGAGGAAAAAGGAACUGCUGAGGCUUACCUUUGGGACGACAACCAAGGAAUUAUACCAUGGCUAGAAAAGCAGUUGGAUGGAGAUUCGAUUAUAAUUAAUAACAUGAAGAGUGUCAAAAGAGAUGCAGUUAUUUCACAGUUGAAAACAGCACUAGAGGAAUGUCCUGAAAUGGGUACUGAAACCUUGACUGAGCUCUUCCAGGCUUUAGACCUUUCUAAGAGAUCUGAAGUUCUUACAAAUUUGUCACAUUUAGAGACCACUCUUCGAGGAUUAAGCUCUGGAGAUACGCCCAAUAUACUGCCUGAGUCAUCUGACACAUGAAUUAGUUAUUAAGAUAAAGAUGGUCUUAUUUUUCCAAAACUCAACCAUGAGGAAUCCUGUGAUUUAGUGAAAUAUUCCAUUAGACUUAAUGAGUAGGCCAGGUUUAAUACGGACAUAGACCAAAUAUAUUUUAUUUAUUUAUUACUCUGGUGAAGUGUCCGAGUUGCUGAGGUCCACCCAUCACUCACUGAAGAGGCCGAUGACAUCAAAACCAUAACCUUGUUGGAGUGAGGGAAUAAAUUAUGAAAACCAGCAUUUAGACUUCCUAUUCUGACUCCAGCCAAGCUCACUCUCGUGUACAGGUUCCUUGAGUCGCCCCUUUUCCAGGAAUCUUGAGCUCUGAUUCUGCCUACAAAUUAGUUAAUUUAAACUUUACAUUGUUCUUUGUAUAAUGGCCUAGAAAUCAUUUAGUUCUUUGCAAUAGCAUUUGGGUACCAAUCACACUGAUCUGUGAUUUAUUUAAAGAUAGACAUUUUAGCUGUUUUUAAAACUAGUUUUAUUUCUUUAGUUAAUGGAAUACAAUUCCUAUAUAUAUAUAUUUAUAUAUAUUUCUCUUUUAGUUGAAUAUAAGUUAAGAUGUUAACAAUUGUUACGGUUUUAUUAUAUUUAUUAUUUAGGAAUAGUAAAUUGUAUUUUUUUAUUUAUUUUUUUUCGUUUUGAACAUGUUCGUUGUUAUUCCAUCAUUUAUAUAUACAUUUAUUUAAAACAAAAAAGAAAUAAAAUGUAAAAUAGAGAAGUUUUAGUGUUGAUUGAACUGUUAUUUUUAUUGAAAAUUUUUUUUACGAAAAAGAAAAAUAUUUUUGUAACUAGAAAAAUAAUGGAGUGGUAAUUCUUAAGUCAAUCCAAACUAUCUUGUUAUGUUGCUGUUGAAUAAAAUUUGUAUUUAUUUACUAUAGUUUUAUUAUUUAUUUUAUUUUUUUUUACAGUAAUUCAGUAAUCG